CUUGUGAGUAGGAUGGGUUGAGUGUAGCUUUACUAACCAUGGCAGACCACCAUCCACCCCCAGACCACCAUCACCAUGACCAUCACCAUCACCAUCACCAUCAUGAAAUACACCCCCCAGACCAUGACGUCGCGACAGACCCCGCCCAGCCCAUCAACAUGGCGCCCAACCCAGCGCUACAACACCAGUAUCAUACCUUCUCCAAUGAUCUCCAUGCGUCGCCCAACCAUGAUCCUUGGGAACAACACUCCGCAGAUAGUGUCUUUCCCGCGGUGCUCGGUUUGAUUGUCUUUCUUGUGUUCAUGAUGCUGGCGGUUUCUUCGAUUCGCUCCUAGCGAGGGAUCGUCAGAUUCGCAAGGGACGUUGCGGCUUAUUUAUUUUAUUUUUAUCUUUUAUUUCUUCUUUGUAUUUAUUGAUUAAUCCUGGAGAAUUGGGCGGUUUGCAGUUUCUUGGCUGGGGGCCUGGAAAAGCUGGGCGUUUUUCUCUGCAAGGUCAGAAUGAAUAUCAUCAGGGUGUUGACC